AUUUAAUCGCUCCGUAUCUAGGUACAACUGUAUACACCUGCAUGUUAAACAAGCGUGGGGGCACAGAGAGUGAUCUCACCGUCAGCAGUAUAACGCCUGGAAGCUCGCCGUCAGCCCUGGCGCCAGACUUUGAAGGUCAUGGCUAUUACUUGGCCAUAGGGGGCGCUGUCGCUCAGCACAACUGGAAUCACAUUAUGACCAUCCUUCAAGACCAGAAAUUCAAGUGCAAGCUUAUGGAUUGUUCUGAAGACCUUGGCAUGAUCAGCAUCCAGGGGCCAGCCAGUCGCUCCAUUCUCCAGGAGGUUCUGGGCGAGGACCUGAGCAAUGAGGCAUUUCCCUUCUCCACACACAAGACUGUGACGGCUGCUGGCUACAAGGUGCGUGCCAUCCGGCUGUCGUUUGUGGGAGAGCUGGGCUGGGAGCUGCAUAUGCCCAGAGAGGCCUGUGUUCCUGUGUACCGGGCUGUCAUGAGAGCUGGAGCCAAGACUGGCAUUGCCAACGCUGGGUACAGGGCCAUCGACUCCCUCAGCAUUGAGAAAGGCUACAGGCAUUGGCACGCAGACCUGCGCCCGGAUGACACCCCUUUGGAGGCCGGGCUGGGCUUUACCUGCAAGCUGAAGUCUAACACCCCCUUCCUGGGGCGGGAAGCGCUGGAGAAUCAGAAGUCUGAAGGAGUCCGCAAGCGUCUCGUGGGAUUUACCAUUGAUGAGAAGGUGCCGCUGUUCGGGCUGGAAGCCAUAUGGAGGAACGGCGAGGCUGUGGGACAUAUACGGAGGGCAGACUUUGGAUUUGCCAUUAAUAAAACCAUUGCCUACGGCUAUAUCAGAGACCCCCAUGGAGGCCCGGUCACCUCGGAUUUUGUGCGCAGUGGGGAAUACACCCUGGAAAGGAUGGGCGUCUCGUACCCCGCUGAAGCCCACCUAAAGUCCCCGUUUGAUCCUAAUAAUAACCGAGUGAAGGGAAUUUACUGACAGGACCCAUAUAUCAUAGUCUGGUCACAUUAGUGACACACAUGCUAUACUCCGUGUACUUACAGACGUUCCCUGCGGCUCCCCGGGACUAUAUCACAGCUGCUGAGUAUGGACUUUCACAUCAUGAUUCCUGAUUGGCAGAAAGGACUGGACAGCGCAACUUACAGAGCACGUAAAGCCCCUAUGUGACCCCAUUAUACAGGAGAUCCUGGAUAGCGCACGUGAACUGCGGUUUAUAGCUUCCUCUGGACGUGCGUCUCUAUCCAAGCAGACGCGUCAUUUACCGAGCGCAAAGUGCAAGACCCCUCUCUGAUGUCACACUGCAGGUAUCGGACACUUCCUCUGUGAUGUCACACUGCAGGUACCGGACACUUCCUCUGUGAUGUCACACUGCAGGUACCGGACACUUGCUUUCUGUGAUGUCACACUGCAGGUACCGGACACUUCCUCUGUGAUGUCACACUGCAGGUACCGGACACUUCCUCUGUGAUGUCACACUGCAGGUAUCGGACACUUCCUCUCUGAUGUCACACUGCAGGUAUCGGACACUUCCUCUGUGAUGUCACACUGCAGGUACCGGACACUUCCUCUGUGAUGUCACACUGCAGGUACCGGACACUUGCUUUCUGUGAUGUCACACUGCAGGUACCGGACACUUCCUCUGUGAUGUCACACUGCAGGUACCGGACACUUGCUUUCUGUGAUGUCACACUGCAGGUACCGGACACUUCCUCUGUGAUGUCACACUGCAGGUACCGGACACUUCCUCUGUGAUGUCACACUGCAGGUACCGGACACUUCCUCUGUGAUGUCACACUGCAGGUACCGGACACUUCCUCUGUGAUGUCACACUGCAGGUACCGGACACUUCCUCUGUGAUGUCACACUGCAGGUACCGGACACUUCCUCUGUGAUGUCACACUGCAGGUACCGGACACUUCCUCUGUGAUGUCACACUGCAGGUACCGGACACUUGCUCUCUGUGAUGUCACACUGCAGGUACCGGACACUUGCUCUCUGUGAUGUCACACUGCAGGUACCGGACACUCUCUCUGUGAUGUCACACUGCAGGUACCGGACACUUCCUCUGUGAUGUCACACUGCAGGUACCGGACACUUCCUCUGUGAUGUCACACUGCAGGUACCGGACACUUCCUCUGUGAUGUCACACUGCAGGUACCGGACACUUCCUCUGUGAUGUCACACUGCAGGUACCGGACACUUCCUCUGUGAUGUCACACUGCAGGUACCGGACACUUCCUCUGUGAUGUCACACUGCAGGUACCGGACACUUCCUCUCUGUGAUGUCACACUGCAGGUACCGGACACUUCCUCUGUGAUGUCACACUGCAGGUACCGGACACUUGCUCUCUGUGAUGUCACACUGCAGGUACCGGACACUUGCUCUGUGAUGUCACACUGCAGGUACCGGACACUUGCUCUGUGAUGUCACACUGCAGGUACUGGACACUUGCUCUCUGUGAUGUCACACUGCAGGUACCGGACACUUCCUCUGUGAUGUCACACUGCAGGUACCGGACACUUGCUCUCUGUGAUGUCACACUGCAGGUACCGGACACUUCCUCUGUGAUGUCACACUGCAGGUACUGGACACUUGCUCUCUGUGAUGUCACACUGCAGGUACCGGACACUUCCUCUGUGAUGUCACACUGCAGGUACUGGACACUUGCUCUCUGUGAUGUCACACUGCAGGUACCGGACACUUCCUCUGUGAUGUCACACUGGAGGUACCGGACACUUGCUCUCUGUGAUGUCACACUGCAGGUACCGGACACUUGCUCUCUGUGAUGUCACACUGGAGGUACCGGACACUUGCUCUCUGUGAUGUCACACUGCAGGUACCGGACACUUGCUCUCUGUGAUGUCACACUGGAGGUACCGGACACUUGCUCUCUGUGAUGUCACACUGGAGGUACUGGACACUUCCUCUGUGAUGUCACACUGCAGGAAAUGACAUUUCAUUGCCCGUCAGAUGCAGAGAAUAAAGUCCCCAUAUCCCCUCACUCUCAUUAGUAAUAGAAGAUAUACAGUACUGGGCCUGAGCAUAUUUGUAUUUUGAAGGAAAUUUGAUAACAUUAAAAUGAAUGAAGUGGCUGAUCCUA